GUAAGAUCUACAGUCUAGGCUAAAGCUACAGUCGUAAGAGUCCCAGUGCAAAAUGAUCUUUAAGACGACCCCUUAGAGCGUUAUCAAAUGCUCUGCUUCUAGAGGGUAACUACCCCAUUUGCCCCUAAAUAGCUCAGAUCUUUAUUAUUAUCAUUAGUUGUUUACGAACAGCACACAUUCUGACCUAAUUUAAAUAAAACUAUCUGAACACACACACACACAACUUCGUUAGAAUCUUACCUCUGCCCUUGCCGCUGUUAAGACACCCGGAUUUUCGUCGUUUUUGAAUGUUUGACGUUCAUGAUUGAGGUUGGGUAACUUUAAUGUUUGUAAAUAAUUUCCAAUAGUCUCUAUUUAGUCAAUAAUUAUUGAGGAAUACUAAUUAAAGUUUAUCAUUAAUAAUGAUAAUAAUUCUUUUCAGUCUGUGGAUGGGAGUGAUCAUUCAUUCAAAAUGACGAAUAAGUAUGCAACAGUUAUAAUAAUAAUAAUAUUCUUUAUUGACAGCAAAAUUUUAAAAGAGAAACAUAAGCAACAUCAAAGAAAAGCAAAAAUGUAGUACCUACAAUACCAUCAGCAAAUAUAAGCAACACCUAGGCACCAUAGAUUGGUAACUGGUCAAAAUUAAAUUUGGUUGUACAUGGGCUGGUGGAGCCAUAAUGUCCCUCUCAGGAGGACUGUCAAAUGUAAUAACAGAUUAUGUGGACUACAAAACUACUACUAUGAUCAUGAGUGAUCUACAAGAAAUAAUUAGAAGCAAAGAAACAUUUGAUGAAAACCUGACCAGGCAGCUGAAACACUUUAGUAUGGUGAUUGAAAAACUUAUUGAAAGUGGUGUUGACAAGAAUGAUGCUGUGAUUGUAGCUGUUAAAGGAAUAGCAAACGGUUGCAUAGAUCUCACCCAUGAACCAAACAUGAAACUAAUGAAUGCUCUGAGCACUGCCAUAAAACUGCACCACAUUGAGACUGUAGGAGUUGAUGCAAUUCCAUACAUUGGAAAAACCAUGCACAUAUCAGAGAAAAGCUUCCAAGUUAUCUUAAAUUUCUUUGGACUCACUGGACAUACUGGUGCUGCUGUUUUCAGAACAAUGGGAAGAAUAUCAAGCGUCAUAUCAGUCGCCUUCACUGUUGUUGACAUAGCACUCCUCAUUAAAGACUGGACCACAGAACAUCCUACAGAAGAAAUCGUCUUGGAAGUACAACGGAAAAUUGAAGAAGAGAAAAAGAUCCUGAGUGAUCUGUUAGAAGUUAUCAAUACAUCCAAGGAUUCAGUUCAAGAUACUUGGAAGAAAGUUUUGGCAGAAAUUGAGACGAUAGAAGAGGAAGACUUGGCGUAUGAGCAUGACUUUGUAAUUAUUGAUAAUGACCAGCAAGAAACAGAUACAAAAGAAAAUAAUACAGAAAAGGAUAAUACACCUAGUGCAGAAGGCAAUGGAGAUUCUGAAAAGAGCAAGAUAGUUUACAAGGAUCAGACAGACAACGGGACAAUCAGCAAUACAUGUGUUGAACGUUAUGGUGAGAGGAACACUGAUCAAUUCUCAAAUAUAAAGAGUAUUGCUUGCACCAAGAUUUGAAUGUUUCUGCACAUGUUAUUUCUAUUUUAUUCUAUUUUCUCUCUAUAAUUUAUUGAAUGCACAAUGUUGAAAU